CCUUUUAAAUGAAAUAGUGGGAAGGGAGCCCUAGAUAUGCCUUGCCCCAGCAACAAGGACUUGGGAAGAAUCGUGCCAGCGAAUCUUCUCCGCUUAGGUUGUGACUUAGAGUUGGGAAGUUGUAGCCUGACUGAUUCCUUCUAAUCUGAACAUCUGAGCUGAGGAGCGGUCUGGCUUCUCGUAGAUACUCCCCAGAAGGAAAAGAAGAGAGUAGACUGUUUUCCUUCUUGCUUUUCCCUGGUGUUUGGGAUAUUUCUCCAUCUUUCUAGAGGACUACAGAUUUUUCCGUACUGUGAAAAAUUAAAUUUGGAAUUUUUAUCCUUUUUUAAAUUCUGGAAUUAUGGCUGUAAUAGACUGUUUUCCUAAAAUUAGCCGCAAAACUUUUAACAACUUGGCGAACACAACUGCACCGCUGAGCUUGAUACUUACCCUUACUCCCGUUGUUUCUUUCCAGUUUUCUUAAUGUUCUCUCUUUCUCCCUAUCUCUUAGAACAGUAUUUCCCUAAUAUAUUUUUUAAGAGUUUCAUAAACUUAAUUUUUCCUCAUCUCUACGCCACUUUUUUUUCCUUUUUUUUCAUUAGAGAAAUUGUAGGUUUACAGAAAAAUCAUGCAGAAAAUAAAGCGUUCCCCUGUACUCCCCCUAUUAUUAACACCUUGUAUUACUGUGGUAUCUUUGUUGCAACUGAUAUGAAAAUGUUAUUAACUGUAGUAUUAACUACUAUUAAUAGUCGCUAGUUUGCACUAGGGUUCACGGUUUGUGUUGUACCUUCUUAUCCCUUCAUUUUUACACCAGGAUUUUUAGAUAUUAUCCAGCUUUAUAAGUUAUGUUUGCUUGACUCCAAAAAAUCACUUUGAGCCCAGUGGCAUUCCUUUGGAAGGCAUCAUUGUAAUGAUCUCUAAAAACAAGGAGAUCGAGCCAGGUUAAAAAUCUCUUAUUUGCUGCAGUAUACCACUUGUACUGCUUCUCCGUAAUAAGUUCAGUUGUAGAUCUGAGUUGUAGGCAGAACUCUUUGGAGGAAGCUGGGAAGCAAUAUUAAGACCUUGUUGAUUGAAUCUGUUACAAGCUGAGUAAUAUCUCCUUUCUGCUUUUAAUUUCCUUUGUUAAGGGUUAUAAAGUGAAAAUGUUAAUUUCUUAAGUAAACUAUUUUUCUUCUCUGAAAGUACAGUGUUAAAAUGUGCAUAAGCAGAAGAUUGGGUUCUUUUAAUCUUAAUUUUGUUGUUUUUUAGUUUUAUAAUAAAUAAUUUAGUCAAGCCAUUCAUGAAAAUGUAGACCAGUAGCUGUAAUUUUUUUCCCUUUAUUUUUGGAAAACUGUCUUUUCCCCCUAUAAUGCUAAGAUAUUUUUAAUCCUUUUUUUUUCCAUCCUGUUUUAUCACUUAUUUCCUUCACCUACAGAUCCAAGCUGUACUUGUAUCUUACUCUUCUUCAAAAUAUUUAUUCUGCUGUUAAUGAAGAGGAUGUGUUCCAGGGACAUACUUUGUUGUCAGAAAUUCCAUUACCAGAGGUAGAAAUAACAUAUGAGGCACUUACAUGUGUUCCAGGAUAUCAGAAAAAGGAAAAAGGAAAAGAUACCAUAAAAUGUUAAACAUAAUUACAUGUACUGGAAAGGUGGACUGUAUAUCUUGAACGGUUAAAGGAAGUUUGUGGGAAGAGAUAAUUUAUCUUAAAGUUAUAGACUGUCUUAGGGGAAGAAGGCACCCUUAGAAAAUUGUGUUAGGUGAGAUGGAUCUGGAAAACAAGCUCAGACCUGCUAUAUGGGCCAGUGGUAACACCCAUUAAUAGGCUUCUAGCAGAUACAAGCAGAUUAGCUCCCACUCCAUCUUUCCCAGUAAAGUAAAGCCUAGUCUUUUAAUCAUCUCUCUAAUUGUCCAUCAUUUAGUCAUCCUAAAUGAUCCUAAAAGAUGUUAAAUAUUUUACCUUCUUUGCUAGUAUUUUGUUUAUAGUGUGAAUUCAGAAUCACUUCUUUGUCUAGUUAUCGCCCGUCUGACUAUAUCUGAAAUUCCCAUGCCUAGUGUUAUGAAAAUUAAACUCAUAAGAUAUGUGUUUAGUUGAGGUAAUUGAGUACAUUGGAUUCUAUGCACUAGUGUACAGAAGUUUAUUAAAUAACCUAUGUUUACUGUCUUGAUAAGGAAGCAGAAACUAGGAACAGGAACAUAUUGCAUUCCUAAAGAGAGGGAGCAGUAAUCAUUCUACUAUGGGGAAAAGGGUUGAGAUAUUGGAAGCUAGGAGCUUAAAAUAGAAAAUGUACUAAAUUUAGGAUUUUGCAAAUUGCUAACCUUAUCUCCAUUUAUAUAUAGAUAUGGAGGUGUGUGAGGAGAUGAUUUUUGUACUUGGCAACUGUUUGAAUGCUGGUUAGGGGAAAAAGGUCAUAUAAACUCUAUUUAACCUGAUUUAUGAAUUUUUCUGUUUUGUUUCGUUUUUAAUGUCAAUGACUUCAUUUUAAAGGAGCUUCAUUCCAAGAGGAUUCAUUACUCAAGGUGAAAGUUUUAAUUAUUUCGAGAGUUGGAGGUGAAUUGAACUUUAAAUAAUGGCAACAGGUGACUUAAAAAGAAGCUUACGGAACCUAGAACAAGUGCUUCGCUUGCUAAAUUAUCCCAAAGAGGUAGAUUGUGUAGGUUUGAUAAAGGGAGAGACAGCAGCAUCUUUGCCCAUCAUCAGCUAUUCUCUUACAUCAUAUUCACCUUAUAUAGCAGAACUUCUGAUGGAAUCCAAUGUAGAGAUCAUAGCAAAGAAUGACUUGCGUUUUAUAGAUGCUGUCUAUAAGCUUCUUCGUGAUCAAUUUAAUUAUAAACCAAUUUUGACAAAAAUGCAGUUUCUCCAAAGUGGGUUUGCAGAAUGGAAAAUACAAAUUAUCUGUGAUAUUUUAAAUUGUGUGAUGAAAAAACACAAGGAGUUGAGUAGUCUUGAGAAGGCUUCAUCACAACAAAGAAAGAAAAAUAGUUCUGGUAAGUCAGAGCUUCUGGAUAAUGAGAAAACACCUACAGAACCUGUUGGCAUUGACAUCACUGGCAGGUUUAUGACAUCAGGAAAGAAGAAAGCUGUGGUGAUCCGUCACCUGUAUAAUGAAGAUAGUGUUGACAUUCCUGAAGAUAUUUUAAGUAAAGAAACUGAUGUCAAUGAAGCAUUUGAUGUAUCUGACUUAAAGGCUACUGAAAGAAAGAUUCCUGAAGUUAAGGCUCCCGAAAUCAAGUCUGAACAACAAGAUAUGAAAGUUAAUACUGAGAUUAUUACACUACAGACUAUGCUUGCUGAAUGCCAAGAAAAACUUAAGACGCUGACUGGGUUAGAGACUAGGUUAGACUGUUUAGAAGAGAAAAUGAAAGGAAAAGUGAUGGUAAAUGAGAAGACCUGGACUAAUCUUCUAAGUCGUGUCACUCUUCUUGAAACAGAAAUACUUUUGUCUAAAAAGAAUGAUGAAUAUACCAAGUUUAAUGAAAUGAGUACAGACUAUUCUUCUGGUAGAGAUAUGGAUCCUCUGAAUCCUGAUAGAAAAAGCAAAGAGGAGAAGCCAACAAGUCUUACUCUGUCUUCUGGGUAUAAUACAUUAUCAUCAGAUUCAACUUCCAGGACCUCAACUAUUAAUUACUGUGGUUUGAAAGAGAUUUCAGAGGAAACAACAAUCCAGAAAAUGGAAAGGAUGAAAAAAAUGUUUGAAGAAACUGCAGAGCUAUUGAAAUGUUCAAAUCACUAAUUGUAGAAUUUUCUACAUGAACUUCUCUAAGACUUGGGCUCUGCAUAUGUUGUAUAUUUUAAGAAUUCUCUAUAAUUUAAACAUAUUGCAAUAUUUUUAUUAAGAAUUUGAAUUUCAUUUGAUGAGUUUUUUCAUUCACUAUUGAAUAAAUACUUUUUUUGAGCUGUGGUUGGCUAUACUGCUUUACUGUGUUUUACUUUUCUUAGGAAAACUUCUGUUCCAGUACAUUUCUUUUACAUCGUGAAGUCAUUAUAGCACUGUAGUUUUGUGUUGACAUUUGUUGGCAGUGUGCUAAGUAAUAUGUUUUUUAAAGUACAGGCUUGAGGACCGUGGUUUACAUCCUGUUGGAAAUGCUCCAACUGGGACUUGCAUAUUGUACCCAGGAGGCUUUCUUACAUACCAUCUUGCCAUAUGUACUGAUGAAUAACUUGUAAUGAAAAGUUAUAUAUGCUCAUUGAAAAUUAAAUAAAACAAAAAUACACCUAUUUCAUGCUUAGUCAAAAAUCAGGAACAUAUUUUCAGUUAACAAUGAGAAAGUAAGGGUAUGAUUCUUCUUUUGUAUUUGGAAAUAGGUCUGAAUGUUCACUAUGAGAAAUGUAUUAUGUAUUUUAGUGUUAUAUUCUGUAACACGUUUUAAUACUAGCAGCAGAGACACAGAUGGUGGCUGUCCAGUAUUACAAGAUACACAGAGUAUUUUUGCAAUGAUG